AUGGCGGGUCCGGUGGCGGGUCCUCCCAUACAAAGUAGUGGGUGUUGUUUACGUGGCGGGUUUGGUGGCGGGUUUCUAUUGUUCGGACGUGGUGUUUACAUGGCGGGUCCAGCGGCGGGUUUGAGCGGCGGGUAUGAACGGCGGGUUUGCAUGGCGGGUUUCAGUGGCGGGUUUCAGUGGCGGGUUUUCAUGGCGGGUCCGAUAUCUCAGCAGCCAGUGGUUGUAGCCAGCUCAAACCUAGACAGCCAUGCAGAGACGGGCCAACGAAGCGUUUUCGGAGGCGACGAAGAAGCGGCUGCGGGAGUGCCGGUGCCUGCCGGCGCUGCCACGGUACAACACCGACGGGGAGCACACGGCAGAGAUGUUCAUCAAGGUGGUGGAGAUGUCUGGGGCGCGGUACAUGACGACGGCGGUGCUGGCGGACUACUCGCUGGCGCUGAACCACGAGGUGGGGUUUCUGAUGCACGUGUACUCGCUGCGGCAGCCGAAGUGGAACAAGGUGAUCAAGUUUGGGUCUCUGACCAGAAACAUGCUGAAGCAGAUUGUGCAGCAGACGCACCCGAACCGGAACAUUCCACGAGAGGUGGCGGCGCUGUUCCACGCGUGCGGGCGGCUGGCGCUGAGCGUGGGGCUGAACCUGAGGUACGACAGCAGGCACACGCGGUACGCGUUCCCGAUCACGGUGCACCAGAGCUCGCGGACGACGCUGCAGAACCGGCCGGCGAACGUGUACCCGAUGAACCUGCCGGACUUUUUCCUGCCCAUCCAGAGAGGCUGGGCGUGCCGGGAGUGCCACCUGUGUGGGCCGCAGGUGAGCAGCGCGAAGGCGUGCCCCAUGCACAGCGACAGCAGCGUGGAGGAGUGCUGCUACCAGCAGUACGCGACGGACCGUGUGCGGGUGCUGAUUCCGGACGAGUUUCUGGCGGAGGAGGACCACGCGCGGUCGCACCAGAUCACGGCGCGCGGGUUCUCGCGGGAGGACAACCCGGGGACGAUCUACGAGCGGCCGUUCCUCACGACGUUUCCUGCGGAUGA